UUUAAAUCUAAAAUGGACUUCGAUUUUAACCUUACUGAUGUUUUGAAUGCCAACCCUGACGGCAUUGUUAUACUUGAUGGAACUAGGAGCUUGAGGAAAGGUCCUCAACAUUACUCAGCAGGGAUGAAAGUUGAUCCUCAUCAAAAGUUAGUCAAUGAAGUUGUUGAUCUUGCGGGAGAAAAGAGCGCAGAAGCUCAAAAACUUCUUACAGCUGUCACCAAUUCUAUUCGAUUCUUCAAUAGUGAAGACAGGCUAUAUCUUGUUGUUGACCAAUUCACAUGCAUUGGGUUACUCAAAGUAGGAUAUAAAAAGCUCUUCGUUCGUGAUGAAAUUGGGAAUAUGAAGGAAAUUGAACCCCUCUGUGUGCUUGACUUUUAUGUUCAUGAAAAUUAUCAGAGGGAGGGAUAUGGAAAAUACCUCUUCGAGUUCAUGCUUGAUAAUCAAAACAUUGAACCCAAUAAGAUUGCUUAUGAUAGGCCAUCAGUGAUGUUUCUCAGAUUCCUCAAAAAGCACUAUGGUCUGAUCAACUAUGUUCCUCAAUCAAACAACUUUGUAGUUUUUAGUAAUUAUUUCGUCAACGACAAGACUUACAAAACUUACAUAAAGGAUCCAGUACAGCUAAGAUCUGGAGCAGUACAUCCCAAAAGCACGGCUUUAAAGAAGCAGGCUGAAAACUAUGAAGAGCCUCUUUGAAGAUAUGAAAUGCCUCAAUCCUCGACUAAUUCACUUCCUUCUUACAAAGAAGUAAUCAAGUUGGGGCAAGAUUCUACAAAUGCUAAGUUUGAUCCAACGAAAGCUCCAUUGCAUCCUACUGGAACUGGCUUUGAAGAUCAGAAGGAAAAUAAUGCUCAAAAUCUAUCCGAGAAAUAUGAUCCAUCAAAGAAACCAAAUGAAGGUUCUAGAGAUAGUAAAAAGGUAAAAUUCUCUGAAUCUCCUCAAUAUUAUGAAGCCAGGUCAAAAGAAGAGUAUGAUAGGAAAGCUGAGAUCCCUUCCUCUGGUAGGCCCACAUACAAUAAUUAUGAUGGAUAUCAGGCCCCAGCAGGAAGAAAUUACACUGACCCAGAAAUAGAAAAGAAUCAAUUUGAGAAGAAAUUCAAUAGAACAAGUUCUAACUUCGAAACUAAGGAGACUGUUGAAGAGGUAUUUGCACAUCCCGAAUCUGAAGGUCCUUUAACAGGAACGGGAGAGCCUACCAAAGAAAAGAUACCUGUCGAGUAUGACAUCAAAAAGACUGAGCAGCGGAUCAAAGACACAGAAGCAGAAUUGUUAAAAUGACAAGAAAGAAUCAACAAGAUUCAGCUCCAGAGUGAGAAGUUAUCAAAAACCUCAGAAGGAUUCAACAAGUCCAAUAAAUUUAUGAAACAAGAGAAGCAUAUUGAUUCUACAGAAAAAGAUGUGACCAAGCCUGAUCCAAAUUCCAGUGGCUACAACAAAAGGUUUGGUUACGCAACGGUUUAUGAUAACAAAUUCAAAAGCAUUGCGAAAGACUCGAAAGUUUUAGAAAAGGAGUUAACCAAGACUGGGUCAAAGCUUCUUGCUCAAAACCCGAAUAUGAAUACAUAUCAGCACCAGGAGAUGUUGAGAUCAACUCCGUUUGGAGCAAAUACUUCUGGGAGUAGCGCUUAUUCCAAGAUGACCUCAUCCAGUGCAUAUGGUAACUUCUUCAGUAAGAGAAAGUUCUAAUCAGUAAAUUCAAUAAUUUCGAAAAUAA